ACUGACCUCCCUCUGUAGACAGGUCUGUUCAAGCUGUCCCAGGAGGAGUUCUUUAUCCGGCCAUUGGAGCGMUCUAGUGAUSWGUCGACGGCACCACAAGUCCAUAUUAUCUACAAGCGCCACACCUCCCCCACCCAAAGCCAGUUGGUACAGCCCAUCUCUGGAGACCAUACCACCAACGGUACCUGUGGGGUCAAAGAUCCCGCUGCGGCGUUGGAGCGUGUGGAGAGGCAACGGGAGCGCUGGGAGAGACGCCAGCGGAGAGAGGAGGAUACGCCAGCGUUCCAUCAGCAGGGAGAAGUGGGUGGAAACGCUGGUGGUGGCCAUUCCAAGAUGGUGGAGUACCACGGCACAAGGGCGUGGAGAGCUACGUACUGGCUGUCAUGAACAUCGUGUCAGGGUUGUUUCUCGAUGCCAGCAUUGGAAAACUCAACAUCGUAGUGGUUCGUCUGAUCCUGCUGGAGAAGGAAGAGGAAGACCUGAAGAUCACCCACCACGCUGACAACAGCCUGAGCAGCUUCUGUAAGUGGCAGAAACGGCUCAACGUGAAGGGAGAAGAACACGCGGUCCAUCACGACGUGGCCGUCCUUCUCACCAGAAAGGACAUCUGUACGGCCAUCAAUAAGCCAUGUGAGACCCUGGGCCUGUCUCAUGUGGCAGGCAUGUGUCAGCCCCACCGCAGCUGCAGCAUCAGUGAGGACACGGGCCUGCCGCUGGCCUUCACCAUCGCCCACGAGCUCGGGCACAACUUUGGGAUUCAGCAUGAUGGGAACGGCAAUGACUGUGAGCCGAUUGGGAAAAGACCUUUCAUCAUGUCUCCACAGCUCCUGUAUGGCACCUCCACCCCCAGCUGGUCGCGCUGCAGCCGGCAGUAUAUCACCCGCUUCCUCGAUCGAGGCUGGGCUGGUGCCUGGAUGACCCCCCCGUGCGGGACGUGCUGGAUCUGAACUCUGUUCCCCCCGGGUCCUGUACAGUGCUGCCCACCAGUGCCGCCUACAGUAGGCUCUGGAUCCCUGCCCUGUGACGACGUGGACAACGUCUGCAGUACGUUGUGGGCUACUGUGGGGACAACAUUGUCACUCAAAGCUGAUGGUGCGGUCGACGGGACCAGGUGUGGUGAGG